AUGAGGGAGAUCCAGGCGGCCGCCAAGGCGUGCGCGGACGUUGAGCUUCCGCUUGAGGCACUUGAGUACAUGGUUACCAUGGAUCCGGUUACCAUGUAUAACCCGCCCAGUAUGCAGGUGGAUGUGCGCAGUGGGAGGUUCACGGAGUUUGAGAAUAUUGUUGGUGAGACGGUGCGCGAGGGGAGGGUGAAGAGGGUUGCUAUGCCUACAUUGACGGUGUUGUAUGGGAUACUCAAGGCGAUUCAGUGGCGCACGAAGGAGAAGAGGGGUUUGGUUACGGUGCCGGAGCCGGAAGAUCAUACGGUGAAGAAGUGA